CCUCCGGAAACCGGCGGCUGGCAGGAAAUGACGAACGCGGAGGUCGUCCGGGUCCGUCGGUCACCGGCUCCCGCGAGUCCGGCCCCGAGCAGAGCGCCCGGCCGCGUGCCGCCUCCGGCGCGAGCAGCGAGGAAGACAAGCUCUGUAGGAAUGCCGCACAAGAGUGGCAUGUGAACAGAAUUUCAUGUGACAAAUUGGAGCAAGAAACUGACCUGGCUCAGAUCCAUUUGGGCAUUAGAAAACAGGGCCCCAUGCCUGGAGGUUACGGGGUGAUGGGUGACGAUGGCUCGAUGGAUUACAGCGUUCACGAGGCCUGGAACGAAGCCACCAAUGUCUACUUGGUAGUGAUCCUUGUGAGCUUUGGCCUCUUCAUGUAUGCCAAGAGGAAUAAAAGGAAAAUUAUGAGGAUAUUCAGCAUGCCGCCUACAGCAGAAACGUUGGCAGAGCCCAACUUUUAUGACACAAUAAGCAAAAUUCGUUUAAGACAGCAACUGGAAAUGUAUUCCAUUUGUAAGUGUAUUCCAUGUUACCUCUACACAGAAGCAUAUUUAAAAUGGAUUUUUUCAGUGUCCUUCACAAGAAAGUAUGACUGUCAGCAGCCACAAAGCCAAACUGACAGCGUACAGCUCUCACUGGAAUGAAAUCUCUGCAAACCAUCCACAUAAGAAUUGUUAAAGAGUGGCAGCAACUCCUAAUUCUACCACAUCAGGAAUAGCAUUUUCUUACAACUUCAGUCUCCAUAAAAUCACUUUUCCUGUGACUUUCUCUCAAGUUUUUUGCUGUGUUUUGAUUUGCUUCUUUCAACUGCAUGUCCAAGUCAUUUGUUACCCGGAAGGAAGGUUGUUCAAAAGGCCUGACCUCGGGCCUGUAUGUACCUAGGAAGACAGAAUAUAACCAGAAAGGGUGAUUUUACUUUGGGAAGAACUUUAAUUUCUUCAUGGUACAGUCAGUCAGGAAUAAAAACCCAUCUUUUUUCCUAUUUGAGAAAAAAACUGUACCAAAUGUUGAUUUGAACAUUUCUGCAAUAUUAAAAAAUAAAAAUCCAGUAAUUGGCA